ACAGCACAGUUUCUCGGUGGAAAUACACACAGUCGGAUCGUUGUUUUGUUUUGUCUGGUGCACCGCCAUGUCUGGUUCCGUCUAGUCGAGCAAGUGGAAACCUCCCAGUGUGUUUGUCCGGCUACGGGUUGAAUCGACAAUUUGCUGUGAACACCGUUUAGUGCAAAACCGACCACCUAAAAUGGCCAAAAGCAAACAAUACGUGCUAAUUAUUAAUUUAAGAAAAAGUUUUUUAAUAGAACACUUAUAAGGGCCCUGUUCCGGCCUCGGUUCGAAAAGUAGGAGCAAAGUUUGAUUUUUCUGUUAUUGGUUAUUUUAAUCGGUUUUCUGUUUCGUGGCACUCAUGUUUGCGGCAAAUAAUUUGUAGUAAAAGUGAGAGUCGUUCGCCAGUUCGCCAACUGUUACUCAGGUUUUGGGAUUGAAUCAGUCGAGAAAAAAUUCACCGAUAUUCGAUCGUACGCAUCGAAACCACGACGACGCAAAGUGGGAAAUACAGCGACCUAAGUUACAUAACGAUGUUUGGUGGCCUCAUUGCAUAAAUGCAAAGGAAUAACCGUUUUCAAACUGCACUCCACGAAGCCAUAUACUAUACACUCACACUACAUCCGCCAAGAUAGAGAGCGUGCAAUAGUUGCGCUGCUACCACUCAUUGCACCGCCACAAUAGCUCUUAACUACAAGACGAAAUUCGAUUCCUACACCUGUGUAUACGGAAAGUGACCCCGUUUCGUUGUUUUGACUUGUUGGGAUUAUCUAUGUCAUUAGUGGUAAUAGCUGGGGAAAGCCUACUGGCUGUCACGGCGCCACUCGAGGAUACGGAACCAAUUCAAGGAUAGACCACUGGAAUUAUACUCAAACCGACAACCCGACCACUUCGGAAACUGGUAGCCCCAGCACAACCGGCAGCACCAUGCAACAAACUACGACCCGGACCGAGAUGCGUCCGGUGAAGUACCACUAUGCCGAUUCCUUUUGGUGCACCUAUUUGAUAUCGGUUUUUGCGGCAAGUAUUGCCGAGACGGUAACCUACCCGUUGGACCUUACGAAAACGAGACUGCAGAUCCAGGGCGAGGCGGCCGCGGUUACCGGCACUAUCAAAAAGUUAAAAUACAGAGGCAUGCUUGCAACCGCUACCGGAAUUAUUCGCGAGGAAGGAGCACUUAAGCUCUGGCAGGGCGUAACGCCAGCGCUCUACAGACAUGUUGUUUACAGCGGGGUCCGCAUCGUCACGUACGAUGGGCUGAGAAAGAAGCUUCGCAACAACAAUAACGACUUUGCGCUGUGGAAAUCCGCACUGGCCGGGGUCGGCGCAGGAGCGUUAGCUCAGUGGCUUGCGUCACCAGCAGAUCUAGUCAAGGUGCACAUCCAGAUGGAGGGUAAACGACGGUUGUUGGGGCAGGAACCGAGAGUUCACGGAGCGGCACACGCCUUCCGUGAGAUCGUCAGUCGUGGCGGUAUUGCCGGUCUGUGGAAAGGAAGUGUCCCGAAUGUACAGCGCGCUGCCCUGGUUAAUCUGGGCGAUUUGACUACUUACGACACGGUGAAACGAUUUGUGAUGAAAAAGACCGGCCUACCGGACUGCCAUUUGGUGCACAUUAUGUCCUCAAUUUGUGCAGGCUUGGUUGCGGCAACGAUGGGUACUCCCGCGGACGUAGUUAAGACUAGGGUUAUGAACCAGCCUACCGAUUUGAAUGGAAAGGGACUUCUCUACAAGGGGUCACUGGAUUGUCUGCAGCAAACCAUUGGAAAAGAGGGAUUUUUUGCUCUUUACAAGGGAUUUUUACCUGUUUGGAUUCGCAUGGCGCCGUGGUCACUUACUUUUUGGCUUUCUUUUGAGCAAAUUCGCACUAGUCUGGGUGCUGGUGGUUACUAGGACGGAAACGACUUUAGUUUGCGUUUUUUCUUGGAAGCGAUAUCUUUGUUUUGUGGGAUUCUAUUACAACUAAGGCCACCGUGUUUACCUAGCGUUCGGUAGAAAAAUUCUGCAGUAGAAGGCACAAACAUUCAGCAGUUCUAUAGCACAAUAGCCGAAUGACAGCAAGUUAGAUCACAGCGACCUUGGCACAAGUGAUUUCGAACAGUCGAGUUCAACGCGUGAGUGUCAUCUCAAUUUCUGCUGUAACUAUGAUUAUUUUGAAUACUACGUUCUUUCUUCGACAGCUUGAAACAUGUCAAAUACAGUUGAUCCAUUCUAACACAUAUCAUUUUCAUAAAAAUGCUUAUUAGAAACGUUUGGUUGAAGAAGAACUAUAAUUUUGAUCUGUGAUUUAGUCAGUAGGUACACUAGAGUUAGGCGUGUUUAGCCAAUUUCGUUAGGCUAAUUAAUGUAUCGAACAGUACGGUCUGAGCGGUCAUAGUAUAACACGAGACUUACCAAAACAAAACUUAAUCCAGCGUCAAUGUCCUUCAUUUAUAGACUCAGUCGACUUUCAUGUAUAAAAACAAUCGUUGGACGCAAUUUCUCAGGGAGGUAAUUUCCACCAUUGAAAUCUCUAUAGCGUACGAACAUUGAACUAUUCCUGAGUGCCAUUGUACGAUGAAUAUAAUUUUAGUAAAAAUUCGUCUAUACAAACUUCGUGUUGCUCAAUUUUAGCAGAAAUUCUUGCUACUUUACGUUAUGUCAAAGUUAUCAACAAAUAGUGUUGUCGAUAUUUAGUGCUGCUCCCAACAUGUGUCAUUACGCAGCGAAUACAGUGAAAUUACAGCGAUUCAAAAACUUCACAUGUAAGAACACAUGAGAAAGCUGCCUUGUACUAUACUACCACAAUUUAACCAAUUAUACUGAAAAAAAAACUAACUCUUGACAAUACUGCAGUAUAUCAAACUUAGAGAACAUCUUUUGUUUCUAUUUGAGACAUCCCUUCGUUUGCCCAAAAAACCCAAAAUGACCGCAUGCUCCGACCACUGACUGGGGAGAAGUGCAGUACUGUUGUAGUAAUACCUACCCAACCUCCUAAUAUGUAGUUAUACAAAUUAAAAAAAAAUACACCCUAGCAUGUAGUAUCAUACCAAAACGGAGCAGAGACAAUAGUCUUGAUGAGCAAAAACUAAAAUAAACUGACAUACUGACAGAAA